ACCAAUACCUCCAUUUCAAGAUUCUCUAUUCAGCCAAGCUAUUGUAACGAAGGUCGCUGGAAAACCUAAUCGAUACGUUGGUGCGCAAGACAUCGCUCAACGAUCCGGCGGACCUCCCAUCAUGGAGGCAUUCACUGGAGGAGUGUCGCCGACUACAACGUUUAUUAAUGGCGUGGCAGUUGUCCAAUAUCCAUUCAAAGGAGGAUUGACGUAUGUGUUCUACUGGAACUCGUCUGGUACAUUGUCCUUCCUCCACGGGAACAAGAUCUCCGGAGGUGUCAAUUCCUAUAGCGAUAAGAGUAUCACAGUCGGUUCGUCCACUGUUUCGAACAAUUCCAACAACUCACCACUGGCCGCCGCGCUGACCAGUGACGGCAAUAUCCAUGUGUUUUACGCUGAUAACAAGGCCAGCCGACUUCUUACUGAAAUCAUCUAUAAUCCUAACACCAAUACUUGGUCGACUGGUACGCUGUCGACCCUUCAACUCCUGGUUCAUGAUGAGAGUGGAAUUGGUGCAUCAAACGAGCCGAUCCUGAAGGUUGUCUUCCAGAGCAAGGGCCAAUCGAGCAGCAUCACUGAAGCUUGGUGGGACCCUAGUGGCCCGCAAUGGAAUUCCAUGGUUAUUUCUUAACUAUGAACCAUGCCAGUGGGAUUCGAGGCAGUCGUGGUGAGAACGUUUGCCAGACCGACCGAUCACGAUCCACCGAGAGCCGUGCUCCAUAUGCAGAACGAAGAUAAAGGACAGUAAAGGAUUUGAGAUUGCGGCAGCUUGAGAUAGUUUCCACGCUUUUUCACUCUCCUUAUGAAGUUCGAUAGUUUAGGCUAGUCAUUUAAGCACAUUCUGCAAAUCGAAUUCCG